AUUAUAUAAUCAUAACGUUGUUAUGCUCUGUUAGAUUGAAAUGGUUAUCAUAUAUCAUGAUGAUAGCCUAAUUUAUGAAUUGGAAUGAUUCUAACAACUGUACAGCUCAAUAUACCUAUUCUUUUAAUCUUGCUUAUAAGCUCUUAUAAAAUUACAAGGAUUACAAAUUUAGAUUACGUAGAUAGUGAUAAUUUCUUAUCAAACAAUAUAUAUCAAAAUACAGAUUAUGACAAUUCUGAAAAUUUAAUUUAUGAGUGUUCUAAUCAUGAUGAUUGCCAAGAAGGAAAAAUAUGCUAUACAAAUGGUAACGACGGAAACGGUGGUAUAUGCUUGGAAGAGGGAUUCAUCUCAUCGAAUCCCGUAAGCUCGAAUGUGCGCCCUAUUUUAGUAGCCGACGUUUUAAAUAGCGGGGAAGAAUCAAAUAAUUUUGGCGAUUUUUACUUUGACCGACAUAAUCCUCAAAAUAAAAUGGAACUAAGUUUUGGACAAGAAACACCAUUCGACAGCGAUAACAUAGAGGGUGCAUAUGCUUCGAACUCGGGUCUUGAUGUUCCAAAUAAACGAUACGACUCAUCAUACGAGGAUAACCCUGGGUACUUUGAAUUUCAAGAACCGUACGUAGAACCCGAGGAAAGAGUAAUUUACAGACAUGGUCAAAAGGUCCGAAACGUGGCAGAUGAAGAGAAUGAUGAUUACACUGCCGAUAUAAGUCCGGCCAUGAUGGAAUACUACAUGGAUAAGAAAGAUAGUCUUAAAAGAGUAGACCAACCCAAAAAGGGUUCGAGGGUACAGCUCUCCGCCGAAAAUUAUCCGUUUAAUUACUUGAAAAAUCUGGAUCCAUCUUCUCACCCCGAUGACGGCGCGUUAAAAAAGGGAAUUUUAGAGGGUACAUUGCCUAGUCAUUUUUACUUCGAUAAUGAAGAAGAUAUUGUUAGUGAAGAGCAUUCAGAACUUCCUAAGGGUAAUUAUUGGUUUACUUUCGCUCCUAAACCUGUAAGGCAGAUCACGGACUCCAAAAAUCGAGAAAAUUUGGAUUCUAGCAGGUACGAAUUUGUCAGAACGGAUUACACCUACAUUAGAACGAAUCUUAAUAUCACUGAUCAAUCUAUUGCUUAUAAAAUGUUGUCGGAGUUGGCCAAAAAGCUGAAAUUACCCUUGAAUACGUUUUCCAAUAUCAAAAUCAAAGGCAAAGACAUAGUCUUCAAGAUUAACCCUAAUCUCAAAUCUAUCAAUGCCUCCCUAGUAGCCCUAUAUAUACAGGUUUUUAAAUCCAAACUGGAAGCAGCGGCUGGAGGAAGUAUCAAGAUUCAGUCAGCUGGCAUAGGAUCUGACGCCAAGCUAGAGAAGGAACCAUACAUAUGGCAACAGGACAAGCAAAUCGGUUCCAGAGUUGCAAAAUCUAUGGCUUUAUCUCCCUCCUACUCAGACAACCUUUUCCUCGAGGAGCCCGGCGAAGGCACCCUGAGAAGUCGGCUCAAAAACUAUGACAAGAUCCAACUUAAGAGCAAAAUCCUCUUCAUAUCGUCCGUCCUACUUGUGACCUUGACAGUGGUACUCCUAUUCGUAGGUGUUUACCUUUUACUACAUUACCGCAGAAACAAGAAGCUAAAAGAAGACGGAGACGGUUACGAAAAAGGGCUUAUUGAAGAUAUGGGCAGCGAUGAAAAUACGGAAAGUGAGGAACUAGGAUUGAAAGGCCGCGAGAAAGAGGGAAGCGCGACGAGGUACGCUACCCCCAAAUGGGCCCGUCCACGUCAAUCCGCUACCCCACAGAGUAGCGAAGAUAAGGACCGGAGUUCGAGGAAAAAGGAAUCGAAUUCUCCCAAACAAUCCCCUACGUUGGCUGGUCAAGAAAAUAUAGGGUUGAUGAAGAAUUUGGCAGCUUUUUUCAUUCGGGACAAAGAGACGAACAAAUCCCAAAAGUCUAGAAACGUUAAGACGACUGAUAAGAACAGAAAGAAAAAUAGUGUGAUUAAAACCGGUUCCCAAAAGGACGCCAGAAAAUUUAGCGAAAACAGUCUGAACCAUCAUUUGGUUACCAAUAAUCCGGGGUCUGCGCAGAGCAGAAGAAAUACAUGGAACGAAGAAGGUUUAAUCAACAAAAUGGAUCCCACUACUGGUCGUUUAGUAUUGGAAUAUAUGUCGAAACGUUUAGCCCACCGCCAACUCACGCUUAACGAAUGGUCAAACUCGCUCUGUGAUUACGUGCCUUCACCGUUUACGGAAGCUUCCUCUUUCCACUCCACCGAUCUCGAUUUACUUCCUCCCAAAUCCCUUAGUUCUCCAAAGGUUCAAUACGAAAUACUUCUCAAGGAAUGGAGAUAUUUGCUGCUCCCGGGUGAGACCGAGAAGAAAGGGGACGAUUCGGCCCUUCAGAAUGGCUCGGUGGAAUAUUUGGCCGAUAAAGCGACGGAAAUUAUAGAGAAUAUUUCAGAAACGACAAGCACUCCGGAGAUCAAGCCUGUUGAAUCAAAGAAUGACGAAAAAUCGCGCCGUAGGCGAUCUAUAUGGCUCAAGGCCGAAAACGGAGCCCGUCUUUCUCAAGCCAGGAACCCAUGGGGUACCUUACCUUACCCUUUCAAUAGAAUAGAAUUGGCAUGGCGAAGGACUGAAAACGGAGAAUCCUCUAACACGCGAAUCUCGAAAGAAACUAAUGCCUCAACAAUUUUAGAGGGUAACGAAUCAAAGGCGAAUUAUCUCAAGUUUAUAAACGCCAGUCCUAUUUGCGAGUCAGAUCCCAGACGACCUAUUUACAUUGCGGCCCAAGGCCCUGUUGAACACGAAUCGGCAUGUGACUUUUGGCAGUUGGUAUGGGAUCGUGGUAUUUGCAUAAUAGUUAACCUGACUUCGAAGCAGGAGUACCUGGAGGAGAAACAGACCCAUUUCAAGUACUGGCCAGACAAAGGGGUCCAACUCUACGACAUUUAUGAAGUAUAUCUAGUGAGCGAGCAUUUGUGGUGCAAUGAUUACGUUGUGAGAAGCUUUUACCUGAAAAAUUUAUCCUCCAACGAAACGCGAACCCUGACUUCUUUCCAUUACACGGCCUGGUGCUCGGAUGGUGUCCCUAGUGACACAAAAACUUUGCUCGAAUUUAGGAGGAAAAUCAACAAAUCAUACAAAGGGAGAUCUACACCUAUCGUUGUCCAUUGCAGCGAUGGAUCAGGACGUACUGGAACGUACAUAUUAAUAGAUAUGAUUCUAUCUCGAUUAAAUAAAGGGGUGAAAGAAAUCGAUAUAGAAGCAUCCGUGGAAUACCUGAGAGAUCAGAGGAUGAAGAUGGUCGCUACUAAAGAACAAUACGAAUUUUCUUUCUUGGCCAUCAGCGAAGAAGUACAAAACAUACUUAAAGCUUUGAUUCCCUCAUCUUGAAAUAUUGCUUUUGGGAAAUUUUGAAAUUAUUCAUGAAUUAUUGUAAUUUAUAAUAAUUACACACUAUUUAUAUUCUUAAGUAUAUAAUUUUUGAUUUUUUUCCUUUAUCAAACGAUUUCUCGCAAAUAAAUAAUAUAAAGUUUUUUAAUGGAAAAUUAGGGUUUAUUUGCGAAAAAAAGGUUUUUUGUGAGAUGGACCAAAACGCCCCAUUAUUAUAUGUAUACGUAAUUAUGUUUAGCUUUAUACUUACUACCCUUUUAUUUUUAAUUUAAAAAUAAUAUUCAUGUAUUGCGGUUAAUUAUAAUAAAGAUGUAUAUUUAUUUAUAAAAUUAUUUAUAACCCCAUUUUUUAUUUUAUAUUCUCUAUUGCCUUAUUAUUUUAUAAAAUAUAAAUAUUUCCCCCACUCCCCAAAUAUGU